CCCAUCUCCUAGCUAAGUAGCUCGCUGCUGUAGAGCUGCUGUUAAUUAAUUGCUGAUGUUUUUAUGUUUAAUUGACAACUCCAGAAGAUGAAGAAGUUAUUUGAGGACUUUAAAAAGGACAUAAAAUUUAAAUCUGCAGGACCCGGGAAGAAGUUAACAGAAGAUGCAAGCAAGCCUGCGGUGGCGCCGAGCAGCUGCAGCACCAAGCAGAGCCGGCACGCUCCCAGCGAGGGAGCGCAGAGGGCAGGGGCCGCGGCCCUGGCCCGGGUCGAGCAGAAGCAGCGGCCCAAGGUGCACACCUCUCAGGACGCCAUCAGGAACCAAGUUAAAAGAGAACUGGAGGUGGAGGCAGCAGCGCUGGCCGAGAAGGAAAAUGCAGUCACAGUGGAGGGAUCCAAAGUGAAAGACCCGGCCUGCCUCUCUGUGUCCGGCGUCUACUUCACCUGCCCUCUCACCGGAGCCACGUUAACCAAGAGUCAGAGGGACGUGCACAUUAAAGAGGCCAUUCUGAUGCGCUUCGAAGAGGACGACAUCGAGGCUUCGGUUAUGAUGGUCCACACAUUCAACAAAGACAGAGAGAAAGUGAAAGCAGCUGUGGACAUCAUCAGCAAGUAUGUUGACAAUAUAUGUAAGAAUCCAUCAGAGGAGAAAUACAGAAAGAUAAAAGUUAGCAACAAGGUGUUCCAGGAAAAAGUACGUCCUGUGGAGGGCAGUCGGGAGUUUCUGCAGGCUUUGGGCUUUAUAAGUGUCAUGCUGCCUGUCGAGGGCCAAGAGGAGGAAGAGGAGUUCCUGGUGCUGCCGGAGCAGAGUGACGACGCCCUGGAGUUGAUGAAGGAGCGGAGGGACCGCCUUCAGAGGGGAGAGCCGGUCAGAGCCCAGCUGGACCGGAAGCCUCAGGCUUUCCGACCGUCUCCCAACGCGCAGCGCUUCGAGCUGCCGCCCGAGUUCUACAACCUGUCGGCGGAGGAGCUGAAGAAGGACCAGCAGCAGAGAUCGGAGCUGGUGGAGAAGAACGCCAUGCUUCGCACAAAAGCCAUGAGGGAGAGAGAGGAGCAGAGGGAGAGGAGGAAAUACAACUACACCCUGCUCAGAGUCAGGCUGCCUGAUGGGAACCUGCUGCAGGCCACGUUUUACGCCUGGGACCGUCUGCCGGCGCUCUUCGAAUUCGUCCGGGAGUCUCUGGUGGACGGCUGGCAGCCGUUUGAGCUCAUCGCCCCCGGAGGGCAGAAGCUGCAGGAGUCCGAGGAGGUCACUCUGGUCGAGUGUAACUUGGUCCCCGCUGCCCUGCUCACGUUUGCCUGGGAUGCAGCCGUGCAGGCGGACAUCGCCGCUGCAGGCGGGAGGAGCUCCGCCGCCCUCCUCAAACCGGAGCUGCAGGACAGAAUUCAAACCCUGAACUGAGAGGGCGCCCUCUGACCCCUACUACCUCCUCCCUCUUCCUCACUCACUGCUGAGGUGAAGUUGCCCCUUGGAGUAGUGCUGUGUUUAUUUUUACAAAUUCUACUUAAAGUUAAAGAUGGUAGCGCGGCGGCAACUUCACCCUAAGGGAUUUGUUUUAAACCUACUCGUCUCUCUCUCUCUCUCUCUGUCUUUCUCUCUCUCUCUCUCUCUCUGACUCUCUCCAUGCGGGGACGCAGAUCUCAGCAGCCAUUUGUAUUAAAGGAGCGACUACUAACA